UCUAGGGCUUCACAGUUCAGAAUUUAGCAGAAACAAACAUUUCUUCUUCUUAAAUUUCCACUCUCUCUGAAGAAGAACUUAACCUAAAUAGAAUACUCCAAUCAGAUGAGAUUAUUAUUGGAUCAGAUGAGAAUCAUAUUCGGAUGAUAAAUUGAUCAAAAAGGUGGAUUUGGUCGAGGGAAUCAUCAUCUUCUAGUGUUGUUGUUGGUUUCAAAAAGGAAAUUUAUAAAUCCUUUUCUGUCAUACCUCAGUAAUGGCGAACUUAUUACAAAUUCCAACUGAUGAUUCGGUUCUUCUCCGCGUAAGUCACUCCAAUCUUAAAAGCUUCUCUGCAGAUGUUCGCUUCUCUCUUCAGGUCGAGCCACCAUAAGAUGACUGUGGAAUCUGUGAAAGAGAAGCUCUGGAAAAAAUCUGGUACUUCUGUUGAUUCAAUGUCCCUUGAGCUUUUUGAUGAUACAGGUGCUAAAGUUUCAGACUUAAAUGACAAUUCCAAACCCUUCGGAUUUUACUCUCUACAUGAUGGGUAUCGAUUGAAUAUAUUGGACCUGGAUCCCUCAUCGGUUACAGCUGGUGGCUGGCUGGAAGAUACUUCACUGGUGGAGAAGUACUCCAUUUCUGAGGAAGCCUAUGAUAAACUUGGUGGUACUUUUAGGAAAUAUAAGGAAAAAUUCGCUUCUCAGAAUCCAUCAGUUGUUGAAAAUAAAAUUACAGAUAACUACAUGGAAGAUCUCUGUGCAAACAUCAAGGUUGGAGAUAGGUGUGAAGUUGAACCAGGAGAAAAAAGAGGGGUUGUUAAAUUUGUAGGUAGAGCUGAAAAUAUUGCACCUGGUUUCUGGAUUGGAGUUCAAUACGAUGAGCCACUGGGAAAACAUGAUGGAACGGUGCGAGGAAAGCGGUACUUCACGUGCCCUUCACUUCAUGGUGCAAUGGUCAGACCUGAAAAAGUGAAGGUUGGUGACUAUCCAGAGAAAGAUCCAUUUGAAGAAGAUGAAAUAUGAACCUGUUGUUAGAAGAAUAAAAAGGUUCUAACGUGUACUGGCUUGGAAUUCUCUCUGCCUACCAAUGUUUACAAGACUGUCUGUAACCUUUGCAGUUUUAUAAUCAGGAUUAGCUGUUUGUAGCUGAAACUGUCAGGUACUAGAAAUUUUAUCUAGUUUUCGUCGGUAUCGUUGAUUUUAUCUCCCAUCUUCUAAAAGUAUUAGAAGACAAAUAGAAGUAUAGUACUUGAUAUCUCGUAAGGUAGUUUUCAGAUAGGUGAAUAGCGCUAUCGUUGUAGUUUGUUUCCUAACACAAAACAUGUACUCGGUGUUCCCAUUAAAACCUAGUUAUUAAAGUCGAAGCUAAAAAACAGAAACAGUAAUAACAGCUAGUACAUUUAUAAGUUCGUAGUUUAUUUCUUCCCA